GUUUCGUCAUAGGCAUCCUACGUACUGCGCUACGAGUAUGUGGAUCCAUGCGCCAUGGCCCCUACAGACACAAAUACACCCUUGCUUUCGAACACGAAACGCCCUCUGCAGCGUAACUCCUCCAAACUCGGUCGCUCUCUGAGCUAUAUCUCAUCAGCUCUGAGUCUGGGAUCACACGUUGGCGGCGGCAACAUGUCGAGCACUCUCAAACGAACGAAUACGAAGCUCACGCCCUUCGAGCGAUUCAUGCAGAUAGGGAGGAGAAAUACGGAUGGGACGGUUCAGUUUCCUCCUUCGCAUUGGACUGAGCCUGCAGAUACUGCGUCUCCAGCUGGGGCUAGUGCGGAUGGGCUGGCAGCAACGCAAGCAACAGCUGAGCCGGAGCAAAUUGCGGAGGCACCAGACGCCUCCGAGGUGGAAGGACCAGGCGGGCAGGCAGACUCAGAGCCUGCCCCGGAGCCAUCAUACCUCGCGCGCAAGAUCCAAGCUAUGCUCGCCACCCUGCCCACCCCAUCCCAGACGCAGACACCUACUACGGAGUCUCCCUCAGCCAGCGAGCAAGACCCCGCACAUGCGCCGAAGCUCCCUUUGCCGGCCUGGAUUGCUGAUUCACGACUAGUGUCGUACAUGACCUCGCCACAGGUCAUGAAUGGUUCGGCGGCGAAGGGUCGACCUAGUGUAUGGGACAUGCUCGACAGGCUUAAGUCCACUAGCCUCUCCAAGUCUGGACCCGCUGCUUCGCCAUCCACAGACAGAAGCAAUGCACUAGCAGACGGGGUGGCGUCCGCGCCCCAGGACGGCAGACGGGCAGACGAUGACGAGCAUGCGAGCGUGAUGCUCUAUGCGCCGCUCGUGCCCGACGACUACUCGGAGGUCGAGAUCGCGCGCUCGGAGGUCAUUUCGAUGUUCGAUGACCAGACGACCAUACACGAGCAUGAACCGGAGACGAAGGAGGAGGCGACGCUCAGAGAGCGCCUGGCGAGCAUGUGGCCGUCGGACGGGAUGCGGAUUGGCGGGCAUAGGUUGCCUGCGGAGCAGCCGAGGGAGAGGAGGAUAUGGGUUCCGUCGAAUGAUAAGAUCUCAUUGGAGCUUCGAUGGUGGGGGUACAGGAUCUACCUACCGCCUCCCGUCCUGAACAUCUUGGACAACAAGCGUAUCGAAAGUACCAAACGCGCCGCGCUAUUGACCACUGCGCUCAAGUGGCUCAUGGACCAUAUACCAAUGGCAGCUGUCCCCCUGCAGGUCCGGCCAGCUAUGCCACUGCUGAAGCGCAUUAUCCCUUACAUGGGCUACAUUGGUGCAUUCGUGGCGUGGAGCUGGGAUGCGAUCAGAGCAUUCGACAAGGGGAAUGGCGUUACCCUUACGGCCACUUGGCUUUUGACUUUCGCUCUUAUCCCAGGAUCCUGGGAAGACGAUAUGUUCCCGGAGGUUGCGCCAGCACAUAUCCCGAGCGCACACCCUGCGGGGACAUCCUCCGCGGCCGCGAACUCCUGAGCAACCAAUCAAGGAGACGUGUUUGUAUCUAUAGACGAUACCCUGACCGCACGCGACGUCUUCCUCUACAUAUUCUACAUCC